UCCAGCGGAAGGUCACCUGACCACAGGCGGUUUUGAGGGCGCAGCAAUCGAGCGCACCCUCCGCAGAGGAAACGGGGUGCAGGGCUCGCUCCGGUCCCGGUAACGGCUUUAUUUACCGCCACAUCGCCGCAGCGACCAUGGCGCCCGUUAACGUGAGACCGACCGGAACCACCGGAACCGUCGCGUGGCGGGAAGCGGUUGUUUAGGUUAGCUUCCGCUAAGCUAGCUAGCUGUCUCUUUUAACGGUUAACGGGAUCAAGUUCCGGUGAAUGUCCACCGGGACGGCCUGACGGGACUAACAGCGCCGGUGGACCUGGAUGUAACGGCUCGUUAAAUAGUUAGGAAGCAUCAGGCCUGAGUGUUGGGACACUUCCUUCCGUCCUUGCCUCCUUUCCUCGUUUCCUCCUCGCCGCCUCGGGACUCUUCUGCUCCUCGAUGAUCACAAUGGAGUCCGCGCUGAACCCGCUGCCCCCGUUCUCCGAGAACACCUAUAAGAUGACUGAGGAGGACGUGAAGCGGCUGAUUGAGUUCCGGGCCUCCAACGAGGCUCUGUUCACGGGGAAGAGGAACUCAGCCAAGAUCGCCUGGAGCACCAUCCUAAAGGGUCUCGGUCUGGAGGGGAAACUCACAGCGGACCAGAUCGCCAAGAAGUGGGACAACCUGAGGACCAAGUACAAGUCCCACUGUGUCUCCCAGGACCUGAAGCAGCCCUACCAGGGCCAGGACAACGCCGGGGGGGUCGUGGAGUCGUGGCCCUGGUUCCACAUCAUGGACGAAGCCAUGCAUGGCCGUCUCUACAACGGCAACCUGGUGCUGAGCCCGGAGAACGGCGGUAGCGGCGGCCUCCGGAACCACCACCACCACCAUCACCAGCACCACCACCACCACCACCAGGAGAGCACCGACAUCCUGGAGUUCCUCAUCAAGACGGAGAUGGACGACAACGUGGCGCAGGAGGCGGCCGACAGGGCGGCCGACAGGGCGGCCCACCGCAGCGCUGCUCCCGCCGAGGGGGUCCCCAUGGGCUGGAGGAGGAUGAGCGAGUGCUCCUAUAAAAUGACGGAGCCAGAGACCGAGAGGAUGAUCAAACUCAGAGCCGCCAACGAGGCGCUCUUCACCGGCAGGAAGCACUCAGCCAAACCGGCCUGGAGGGCCAUCCUGUACGAGCUGGGUCUGCAGGGGAAGCUGACCACAGAUCAGCUGGCAAAGAAGUGGGACAACCUGAAGAGAAGAUAUAAGGAGCUGAAGUUUCCCGCUCGGGGCGUGGAGACCAACCCGAGCUCCUGGCCCUGGUUCUACCGGAUGAACGACGCCAUGGAGGGCCGCUUCACCGGGGCGGCGCCCAUCCUCACGCCCAUCGUGGAGGACGAGGACGAGGACUGCGAGCCGCUGUCGCCGACCCCAAAGAAACGAGCGCGCCGCAGCCGGGGGGGGAUGGCCGAGUUCCUGACGGAGUCCGAGAUGGACCUGCUGGUGGACAACGAGGACAAGAACGGCUCGGCGUCGCUGGGAGACCUGCAGCGGAUGGCCGAGUUCACCUACAAACGUGAGCCAAGCUGGAAGACAGCAAUGACGGAAGAAGACACCCGGCGGCUCAUUGAGCUGCGAGCCUCCAACGAGUCUCUGUUCACGGGGAGGAGGAACACGGCCAAGCCGGCCUGGAGGGGGAUCGUGAAGGAGUUGGGUCUGACGGGGAAGAUCACGCCCGACCAGGUGGCCAAGAAGUGGGACAACCUGAAGACCAAGUUUAAGGACCUGAAGUUCCCUCCCCGGGGGAUGGAGGGCCAGACCAACCCGGCCUCCUGGCCCUGGUUCCAGCUGAUGGGCGACGCCCUGGAGGGCCGGCUGCUGGGCAAAGCCCCCCGAGUGACGCCGGUCUGGAGCAGCGAGGAGGACGGCGUCUUCGUCUCGUCUCCUCCCCCCGACAGAGACUGCCUCCUGGUGGAGAGGAGCGGCGUGUCGGAGCUGGAGAACAUGGCGAACAUGGAGAACCUGGUGGAGGCCGCCGAGGCCGACGGGAACGUCACCUACAUCGAUGCCAGUGGGGAGGAGUGCUCCACGCCCUCUGACCUCUCCUACAAGAUGACGGACCAGGACACUCGCAGGAUGAUCCACCUGAGGGCCGCCAACGAGGCGCUGUUCACGGGGCGCAGGAACGCGGCCAAGGCGGCCUGGAAAGCCAUCCUGAAGGAGCUCGGCCUUCUGGGUAAAGUCUCCACCUACCAGAUGGCAAAGAAAUGGGACAAUCUGAAGAGGAGGUACAAGGACCUGAAGUACCCCCCCGUCGGCAUGGAGAACGUGGCGGACAGCACCUCCUCGUGGCCGUGGUUCAGCCUGAUGAACGAAGCCAUGGAGGGCCGCCUGGCGAGCGGCGCCCCCCUCCUCGCCCCCGUGACCCAGGAGGAGGAGCAGCACCCGGGCCCCAGACACCGGUCCCGGCCCGCCCCCCCCCCUCCUCCCCCCGCCUCCUCCUCGGACUACGGACAGGAGGCGUUCGGCGGCGGGGGGGACCAGGUCCGGCGCGGCGGCUCGGCGGCCUGCGAGGGCCCCCUGGGGGGCCUGGAGCGGGAGUGGGAGGCGGUGGAGCGCGAGCGGGCGGCGCUGGAGCGGGAGCGGGCCGCGGUGCAGGCGGAGCGGCUCUGGCUGGAGAGGGAGCGGGCCGCCGUGGAGCAGGACCGGGCCAUGGUGGAGCAGGAGAGGGCCUCGCUGGGCCGGGACCGGGAGCUGCUGGACCAGAGGGCCCUGAUGCUGAACUCGGAGUCGCCCCCUGGUGGUCAGGAGAGAGAAUGCAGCAUCUCUUCGUCCAGUGGACACAUUUGUCCCUUGAGCCGGUCGGCCAAUCAGAAAGAAGCUCUUCCUCAGAUGAAGAACUGAUGAAGUGAGCCAGGUGGACUCUGACCCUGCAGGCUGUAAACCAGAAGGCAGCACACCUGACAGGUGAGGAACCGUGAGGAACCGCGAGGACCAGAGGAGAACUUUAGGAAUUCAGACUUCUGCAUUUGGAGAAAGAAAACAUGAGUCAGAUAAAGAAUUAACAGGUAA